UGGCAUGUGCAACAAAAGAUCGCAGCCUUCAACCGGGGCGUUGCCGGUCGAAAAGUGUUCUAGUUACAACAUACAACCAGUAUAAAAGCUCGCCGAGUCAAAAUUCAAGCAUCACUUAUCCAGAUCGCUCCGACAUGGCAUUCAAGUUCGUCGCCUUCGCCGCCCUCGUCGCCGUAGCCCGCGCUGGCGUCAUCAGCGCCCCGGCCACCCUCUCCUACGGAGCCCCCAUUGCCCGCUUGGGUUACGGCGCCCCACUUGCCCAUGCCGCCUACGCCGCCCCACUUGCCCAUGCCGCCUACGCCGCCCCAGUUGCCCACGCCGCCUACGCCGCCCCCGUCGCCGCCGUCGCCAAGACCGUGGUCGCCGACGAGUACGACCCUCAUCCCCAGUACCAGUUCGGUUACGACAUCCAGGACGGUUUGACCGGUGACUCCAAGAGCCAGCAAGAAGUGCGCGAUGGUGAUGUUGUCCAAGGUAGCUACUCUUUGGUUGAUCCCGAUGGUACCAGACGUACCGUGGAAUACACCGCUGAUCCCGUCAACGGAUUCAACGCUGUAGUACACAAGGAACCUCUUGUAGCCAAAGCCGUCGUAGCUGCCCCAGCUAUCGCUAAAGUAGCCGCCCCCUUGGCUUACGCCGCCCCCGUAGCCAAAGUCUUCCACUACCUUUCUGGAAAUUUACCACGCGGUAACGGGGGCGGCCAAACGGGCACCGGCUGCGUAAGUGGCGCCCUGUACAAGAGCUGGGGCAGAGCGGAGCACGGAAGUGGUGGCGAAGGCGGGGGCGGAGCGGACAAUCGAGGCGGUGGAGAAGGCAGGGGCGGCGGCGGCAUAAACGGGGCCGGCGGCAUAGGCGGGGGCGGAGCGGACAAUCGAGGCGGUGGAGAAGGCAGGGGCAGCGGCGAUGGCGGGAGCGGAACGGACAAUCGAGGCGGUGGAGAAGGCAGGGGCGGCGGCGAUGGCGGGAGCAGAGCGGACAAUCGAGGCGGUAGAGAAAGCAGGGGCAGCGGCGAUGGCUGGAGCGGCGGCAAUAGCGGGAGCAGAGCGGACGAUAGAGGCGGUGGAGAAGGCAGGGGCGGCGCUGAGAACGGGAGCGGCGGCGAUAGCGGGAGCGGAGCGGACAAUAGAGGCGGUGGAGAAGGCAGGGGCGGCAGCGAUGGCUGGGGCGGCACGCAGAACUGGAGCGGCGGCGAUGGCGGGAGCAGAGCGGACAAUCGAAGCGGUGGAGAAGGCAGGGGCGGCGGCGAUGGCUGGGCCGGCACGGAGAAGUGGAGCGGCGGCGAUGGCGGGAGCGGAGCGGACAAUCGAAGCGGUGGAGAACGCAGGUGCGGCGGCGAUGGCUGGGCCGGCACGGAGAAGUGGAGCGGCGGCGAUGGCUGGGGCGGCACGGAGAACUGGGGCAGCGGCGAUGGCUGGAGCGGCACGGAGCACUGGGGCGGCGGCCACGGCGUGGCCGGCGGCGACGACGGCGGGUUCCUUGCGUACGACGGCGUUGAAUCCGUUGAAGUCGUCGGCGGCGUAAUCCACUACUCGGCGUGUGCCGUCGGAGUCCAGAAGAGAGUAUUGUCCUUGAACGACGUCUCCGGUGCGGCUUUCAACUUGACUUUUGACGUCUCCGGUCAAAGGGUCUUGGACACCGUAGCCGAAGGUGUAGUGAGGAUUACCGGCUUGGGCAGCGGCGACCAAAGCGGCCAGAAGAAAUUUUUGAAGUUGCUAAUAUUUGUGAAGUGGAACUGCCGAUUUAACCUUAUCCGAGGCGUGGUCAUUGUGAAACUUAACCCGCGCAAUUCUGAACAUUUGCCAGAUUCAAAAUCAAGUGUCAACAUCAACGCAGCAAUGGCUUACAAGUUCGUCGUUCUUAGCGCUUUGGUCGCCUACGCCAGCGCCGGCCUCAUCAGCGCCCCGGCCACCCUCUCCCACGCCCCCAUCGCCUACGGAAGCUACGGAGGCUACGCCGGAUACGCCGCCCCCAUCGCCCGUGCCGUGGCUGCCCCCGUGGCCGUCGCCGCCCCCAUCGCCCCAGUAGCCCGUUAUGCCGCCCCAGUCGCCGUCGCUGCCCCCAUUGCCCGCGCUGUAGCUGCCCCCGUCGCCGUCGCCAAGACCGUCGUAGCUGACGAAUACGACCCCAACCCACAGUACUCUUUCGGAUACGACGUCCAAGACGGUUUGACCGGAGACUCCAAGAGCCAGGUUGAAUCCCGCUCCGGAGAUGUCGUCCAAGGCAGCUACUCCCUCGUUGACCCUGAUGGUACCAGACGUACCGUCGAAUACACCGCCGAUCCCCUCAACGGAUUCAACGCCGUAGUCCACAAGGAACCCCUCGUCGCUAAAGUCGCCGCUCCCGUCGCCGUCGCCGCCCGCGUCGCCGCCCCAGUCGCCGUAGCUGCCCGCGUCGCCGCUCCUUUGGCUUAUGCCGCCCCAGUUGCCAAAUAUGCCGCUCCCCUCGCUUACUCCGCCCCCAUCGCCAAAGCCUACCUUGGUUAGGUCUUUCUAAUGUACAUAGAUAAUUUAUUAAAACGUACAAAAAAAUGAAAAGUUACAA